AGGGGAUGUGGAGAGCGGGCAUGGCCGCCGGGGACGGGCUGGGCCCGGCGCUCCGCGCCGUCACCGAGCAGGUGCAGCAAGCGGCGGCGCGGCGGCCGCAGGGGCUCCCGGCCGUGCAGCCGCGCCUCGUGGCCGUCAGCAAGACCAAGCCGGCGGAGAUGGUGAUGGAGGCCUACAGCCACGGGCAGCGCAGCUUCGGGGAGAACUACGUUCAGGAGCUGCUGGAAAAGGCAUCAGACUCCCGAAUUCUGUCGUCUUGUCCAGACAUCAAGUGGCAUUUUAUUGGCCACCUGCAGAAGGGCAAUGUCAACAAGCUGAUGGCUGUCCCAAACCUGUUCAUGUUGGAAACGGUGGAUUCUGUGAAACUGGCAGACAGAGUCAACAGCUUGUGGCAGAAGAAAGGGCUGUCCCAGAAGCUGAAGGUCAUGGUGCAAGUCAACACCAGUGGGGAGGACAGCAAGCACGGCCUUUCCCCCGGGGACACCACGGCUGCUGUGGAGCACGUCAUCACCAAGUGCCCCAGCCUGGAAUUCGUGGGGCUGAUGACCAUCGGCAGCAUCGGCCAUGACCUCAGUAAGGGCCCAAACCCUGACUUCCAGGUGCUGCUGUCCCUGCGGCAGGAGGUGUGUGAGAAGCUGAACCUGCCCGUGGACAAGGUGGAGCUGAGCAUGGGCAUGUCCACGGACUUCCAGCACGCAAUCGAGGUUGGAUCUACGAACGUCAGGAUCGGGAGCACUAUUUUUGGAGAGCGGGAUUAUUCCAACAAAGGGAGUAAAGGCCCAGCAGAGGCCGUGACGGUGCAGGGGCACUAAAGGGAAAAGCAGUGGCCUCACCAGAGGAGAGACCUCACUAUGCAUUUUACCUCCCUCCGUGUCGGCACCCGAUCCCGGUGGUGGAGAGGGAAUUCCUCGGAACAGAAACGCCUCAUGAUCAUUGUGAUUAUAGAGUACCCCUAGAAACUGGAAAUCUUUAUAACCAACAAACGACAAGGAAAUUGCGGGUUGGAACUGGCUGUGGUGUCUUGGUUCCUCAGGGUCUUCAAGGACAGAGAUUUGGGGUAACUGGGUCGCACAAAGCAGUGUUUGUCAGGCUGGAGUUGCUGCUGAGCUGGGCUCGCUGGUUGUUUUCACUGAGGACUAAAUACUUCAUUUCAACACGUUAUGACCUUGCCAGAAACCUGUAAAUGUUUCCCCAAAUACAAGUUUUGCACGGGGGGUGGUUGGAGCUGGGAUGGGGCCGUGCCGUGACACGGGAGGGGCCGUGGCCAUGGCCAAGGGCUGAGUGACAGGCACAGGGACUGUGGGGAGCUCAGCUGCCACUGGGAGUUCAUGGUGUGAUGCUUUGGCUGCACAUCACAACUGUGGGAGUGUCUUUUCAGCUCAGCUUUGCCCUUUUCAGGCUGACAUUAACUUUUCCCAUGGCUCUGUGGCUGCCCAGAUCUGGAAUGCUUUCCCUCUUCCCUUCCUUUCCCCUCCUCUGUUAUUGGGAAUUAUUUUCAUCCUGCCUGGUAGUUCUGCUGCUGUUUUUUGGUCAGACUGGGGGUUUUUGCCAGGCCUCUGCUCUGCCACCAGCUUGCUGCUGCUUUUCAAGGUGAGUCCCUCAUGGUUUGGUGCCUGUGCCAUCCCCUUUACACCCGUGUGAGGAUAACAGCGCUUGGCUCAGGGCACAGGGACCUUUCCUUGGGAAAAUACUUCAGAACAGGAAGUAUUACUGUCCCACUGCUUUCUGGGCUUCUGAAAAAAAAAUCAUUUGGCCACUGAGAGCUUCUAGGCCGUGUCUGAACAUCCUUUCCUGCUCUUGGAGGAGGGAAAUGGGACUGUCACUGCAGUAACUUCCCUUCAGGCGUGAGCAGAAGCUCCUGCGUUGUCCUGUGCUGGUUGGCCAGUCCAACAACCUGUGUUACAGAUGAUUCUUGGGCUUUUGUGUCUGCUAAGAGGAGGAGAGCUCGGCUGCCAGCAGGAACAUCCUCCCCAGGCUUCGCUCUGUGUGCGUGUGGUUAAAUCUCGCUGCUGGUUUCACUCUAAAAGCUGAAUGUACAAUGAAAAGAGUCAACUCCAACACCAACCUGUUGUAGCUCCGUGGUUUAGAGGCGCCGUGGGCUGGGAGCCGCCCACCCGCGCUGCGCCCUGCGUGGUUCAUCGUCUCGUAAUAAACAGUGCUGAGUGUCAAUGCCAUCUGCGCCGACUCGAAAGCUAUUAAAGACGUUAUUCUUA